AGAGCCGAAGUCUGAACUCCACCUUGAGGCAAAAUGAGGUUCACCCUGGGAUCUCUGCUGUUCAUGCUACUGGUCUGCAGCCUCCCUCCAGCCCAUGGUGUUCUGGAGGCCUACAAUACAAACUUAAAGUGUAAAUGCAUCCAAGAGACUUCGGCCUUUGUCCUGGUCAACCACAUUGACAAGCUUCAGGUCUUCCCUCCUGGGAAUGGGUGCCCAAACAAAGAAGUCAUAGUUUGGAAGAAGAAUAAGUCGGUCGUAUGCUUGAACCCUCAUUCCAAAUGGACACAAAAAUUAAUAAAAAUAUUACAAAGAAAUGCUGCUUCAACUCGACCAGCUCCAGUGCUUAGAAGAAGGAUGAAGUGAUAUCAAUAUUUGUACUAAGGACACCUGUAUUCCUCCCUGAACCUGCUCUGGGUUUUAGUCUUGUAUUUGGAUGAAUCUUUCCAAGAAAAAGAACAUCCCCAUAUAAGCAAGCAUGAGAGUAUAUGUAAAAAUAACCCUAGAGCAGCUUAUGGGGCCAAGUUGGGCUUUUUGAAAAAUAAGGUACCCUAUAUACUUGGGUUUUGCAUUCUCAUUCAUCACAAAGGAAAUUUCUUCGAGGAUAGUUAGUUAGUAAUAAAUCACAUAGGUUUCUUUUAAUAGUGUUAUAAAAUAAUAGCAAUAGCAAUAGUACUAUUGCUUAGUGCUAAAUUUUCCUAGAAAAUAAGGUAACAUGAAUUUAAAUCUCAAGUCUAAACAUGUGGCUUGAGUUAGGAAGGAAAUGAUGGAAUUCACUUCAAUCAUUUUAUACCAUAAGAAAAGCAGACUUCCAUAAAAGAUUUGAAACCUGCCUGAGAAACCCACGGAACUUUAUGAGACAGAGGGCUCUCAUAGUUGAUAUCUUCCAUUUAAAAGCUCUGUAUUGAGAGAAAUGGGUUCCUACUUUUAAUAGUUCUUUUAUAAGAUUUACUGUCAUAUGCAAAAACUAAUAACAUUUAAUGAUCCCCAGACUUAAAUUCAUAGAAUAUUCAGGAAAAGCAUUUAAAAGCUGGUGUUCAGAUGUUCUAUCUUUUAUACAUUUGCUUUGACAAAUAUUUUUUACUCACAUCUUUUGCACAGACUUUUAUUUUCUUGUUCUCUGGUACCUGAUUCUAUAAUGUUUCUUAUUAAUCUAAUGCUUUUCAAUAAACCUAAGUCAACAUUUUACUUAA